AGCGGGGAUCUACGACAAGGGCUGAGUGUCAUGGCGUUUUCCUUGAAGUGGGAUUGGGUUCGGUACUGAAUGCUGAAUAACGAGACCACCAGCAGCCUCUGCUCGGCGGCCCUGACCCACCACAGCUCACAUAAAGGAGUUAAAGCGGGAACACGUGAACAUGGGGACGGUCCACGCGAGGAGUAUGGACCCUCUUCCGAUGCACGGGCGCGACCUGGGCGUCAACCCAGAUGACUUGGAAGUGGUGGAGGCAGAGCAAGAAACCAAGAAAGAGAUCCUGGAAAAUAAAGAUGUUGUUGUACAGCAUGUCAACAUUGAAGGCUUAGGAAGAACUAAAGAGGAUUAUUUGGGCUAUGAGAUCUCUGAUGUCUUCAAUGCCAAAAACCUCAUCGAUGUGAUGAAGAAAUCACAUGAAGCCAGACAGAAGCUGCUCCGCCUGGGCAUAUUCAAGGAAGUGGAGGUCCUCAUUGACAUCUCAGAAGGAGAUGACGCCCUGCCCAAUGGCCUGGAUGUGACGUUUGAGGUGACAGAGCUGAAGAGAGUGACUGGCAGUUAUAACACCAUGGUUGGAAACAAUGAGGGCAGCAUGGUGCUUGGCAUUAAGCUCCCCAACAUGUUUGGUCGUGGGGAGAAGCUCACUUUCCAGUUCUCAUACGGGACUAAGGAGACCUCAUACGGCUUGUCUUUCUUUAAACCUCAGCCAGGCUACUACGAGCGCAAUUUCACGCUAAACUUAUACAAAGUGACUGGCCAGUUUCCAUGGAGCUCGCUGAAGGAGACGGACAGAGGAGUUUCCACAGAACUCAGUUUCCCGCUGUGGAUGACCGAUCACACCCUGAAGUGGGAGGGCGUGUGGCGGGAGCUGGGCUGUCUUGCUCGCAGUGCCUCCUUCGCUGUACGAGAAGAAAGUGGCCACACUCUCAAAUCUGCUCUCUCACACGCCAUGGUACUAGACACCAGGAACUCUGCCAUCCUUCCAAGAAAAGGUGCCUUACUGCGGAUCAACCAGGAGCUGGCGGGUUACACAGGGGGCGAUGCCAGCUUUCUAAAGGAGGACUUUGAGCUGCAGCUGAACAGACCGUUCCUCUGGGGCUCUGUGCUCUCUGCAUCUCUAUGGGGAGGAAUGAUCUUUCCUGUAGGUGGUCGACCGACCUCAAUUGCUGACAGGUUUUACUUGGGUGGUCCAACCAGUGUGAGAGGAUUUGGCAUGUACAGUAUUGGCCCUCAAAAUGAAGGUGACUAUCUGGGUGGAGAGGCAUACUGGGCCAGUGGGCUCCAUCUGUAUACACCCCUUCCAUUCCGGUCCACUCGGGGCGGCCUUGCUGACCUCUUCAGAACACACUUCUUCCUGAAUGCUGGCAACCUCUGCAAUCUUGACUACGGGGAGGGUCCACAUGCACACCUGCAGAAGCUAGCAGAAUGCAUCCGCUGGUCCUACGGGGCAGGCAUCAUACUUCGGCUGGGGAACAUCGCAAGAUUAGAGCUAAAUUAUUGUAUUCCCAUGGGUGUCCAGAGUGGAGACAGGAUAUGUGACGGCGUGCAGUUUGGAGCGGGGAUCCGUUUCCUGUGAUGUCCUCAGCUGCUGCUCUGGUUCUGAAGCCAAGUGUUGUGGGAUAGGAGGCAAGCCGUGUGUAGUAUGCUAGAAUGUGAGGAUCCCUCCUGCAUGCACAAUUUGAGGGGCUCUACCUUCUUCGUCUAAGGACACAAGAUGACCUCACAGUUCUUGGUUUCCUAACAUACCUUUCAGAUUGGACUUUAAGGUGAUAAGAGGUGAAUAGAUAGUAACCGGCGUUAUCUACAGGCCGUCAGAUCCGUUAUGUCUUUGAGGGAUGUGCUUGCACUUUUUUGUUGUUGUAAAGCGCCUGAGAUUCCGUUAUAUUCAGUUCUUUUUUUCCUGUUCUUCACCAAUAUUAUAUCAGCCAUAGUUGGCUCCAUCGUCCCUGUUACAUACACUACAUUAGUCGUGUUGAAACCCACCUAUCGGGUACUGACAGUUGAACGCGUAGACGGAGAGUAUUAAGGGAGACGAGGGACUGUCGCACUUUGACCACGUUCACGUUACAAGCCUCGUUGCUCAAAUCCGAUCUCUCUGGCACGAUGGUUCACACAACGUCACGUGAAUGAACCACAUGCAUCAUCAGCACAAACUGAUGGUCAGAACGAGCUUCGCUGAGAAGAUCAUUAACUCUGAUCAGCUCUCAGCCUCAUUAUUAGAGCGAGAUGAAGACGAACAAGGUGAGGUGUUUCUUUUCCACCAUUAGCAGGCUUUAACUUCUGUUCGGUGCUGCUGCCAGAGUAACGCUGAAUGAUGGCGCACGUGCAGUGGGGAAGAAGCACAUGAAUUCCGAUCUGAGCAUCACAUUAAGGUCACACAGCCAUGAAUCGAAUACAUAUCCAGUCUAGGACCACAUAUGAAAGUGGCUCAGGUCGGAUUUGAAAAGAUCAGAUUUGCGUCCACACAGCCCUGGAAACAUCAGAUCUGAGUCACAUUCAUGCAAAAAAUUGGAUUUGUGCCACUUUAACUUGGUAAUGUGAACGUAGCCUUUCCAAACCUACUGCAGUUCUCCUGUAGUCAUGUGUUCCUGCGAGUUAAUGGAAACACCUUUUUCCUUGUGAGUGAAGUGGUCCACUCUUCUCAUGCCACACUACAUAUGAGUUGACUUAGGCUGACUUCAGUACAGACGUCCAGAGAGGCCAUAAGGUAAUUAUUUUGUGAAUUAUUUUGUGAACGAAGUUGUUCUCUUGAGAUCGUAAGACACUUAUCUCAAUAUAGCAAUCCAGAAAAUUGUAGCAACAGCUUAUGGCCUCUCCAGACGUCCGUAUUUUAGUCUUAUCGGUCAAGAGUUUUUCUUUUUCUUCUGUAGCCUUUAUGGGAUGGAGUUCAAAGCCCUAUUGGAAAUCCACCAGCAGUGCUCUUAUUGUAAGUCCUCUUUUUAAUGUCAGAACUCUGAUUAUAUUGUUUUGUGCACAGGAAUAAAAUACUUUUGUUCCCUGA